AUGGCACUUUCAGAUGCUAUGCAUUCCAACCUCACCCACGCCGACGAACCCCAAUCCAGCCGGAAGAACAGUCUCACCCCUUCCCACCGCCGAUCAAUUUCUUCCCUGCUCCAGGGACCGAUCGUUGCCGGCUCGCAAUUAAAAGCUGUGGUGGUCGGGAGCGUUGAGAAGUGGCGCCGGGACGAGAGCGUUGGUAGGGAGCGGAGUGAGAGUCAGAGCUUUGUGCUGGAUUUGCUGAAAGGUCGUAGGGUGGCUGCGAGGUAGGUUGGCUGGCUUCCACGAAAUUGACCGAUGGUGGGGCAAUUUUCAGAGCCUCAACUCUUGUUUUUCCUCCCCGUCUAUUGUGUGGGAGCUGAGUUGGCUUGGCAGGGCAAGCCCCACUCCCCCAUUACCCGCUCUUACGACCCUUGCGGGAACUUGACUUUUGAUAUUACAGACCUACAUAACUUACCCCUUGUUGAAUUCGUACAAGGUUACUAACAAACAAUCUUGUAACAAAAUCAACAGAAUUUUUACAUGCCGCCCGGAUCCAGAAGGCAUGACAGAGGUGGAGGGGGGUUUAAAUGAAGAGGAGGAAGCCAAGGAGGUAGAGGCGGUAGAGGCGGUCGAGGAGGGAGAGCCCAAGGAAGAACCUCGACUAGAACUGGGGAUCGACCAAAGAAGCACGUGUUUCCUAUCAAUCAGCUCUAAUAUAUGAUCGCACGACCCCUCUCCACCACAGGGGACCGCCCCGACAAUUGAGUAACAGAACUCCGGAACCCGAAGAUCCCAAUUCUAAUCCCGAAACUUCAGAUGAUCCCGAACUGCGCGCUUGCAAAGACUCUGGGAAAGACUUAGGUAGCGACGACCCCGAAUUGCAAUCGGAAGAUGACAUAGUAGCAGCAAAACCUUACAACCUCCUACUCCAAUAUCCGGUCACAAGCAAAGAGUCCAAUUAACGCAAUCCUAAACGUCGAAAACUUGAUCACACAGAAACCGAAGAGGAUGGGAUCAUCUUGGAAGACGGUGAAGAUUUAGCAAAUGAGCCCGAGGAAAAGGAAGAGUCCGAAGAAGAGGCCAUAGACGUAGGCUCAGAUAACGAGGAUCAAUCCGACCUAUUUGAAUGACAUUUUCCGAGCCCCUUACCCUCUAGAUUGGCUUCCAUCUCCUCCUCUUCGAAAGAUGAAUGCAAGGAUACUAAGCUGCCUAAAUAUAGACUACUUGGGAAUGCCUGCCUAUCCAUUCCAGGAGGCUCGGAGCAAAACAUAGGUGGAAGAAGCAUUGAAGGCCUAAAAGACCUGAAUUUGAAGAAGCUGGUCGCUGAAGAGCUGACCCCGCUACAGAAGUCAUUAGGGCAGCUUGUCUUCAAUUACGUGGAUGUUUUAUAUGGUGAACGAACACUAGGCAAUGCUGAAGAGUUACGGAGGAUGUAUUCCUUGCAUGCGCCAAAUCAUGUUCUAAAGUAUGUUCACACCCAAGUACUAGAUCGUCUUCAUACCAAUCAAAACUCAGGACCCGAGACCGAGUUCUAAAGAACAGAACUAUGCCCGGCUAGCAAAGGCUACGGGCGAGGAAAUUGAGUUCCGAGAUCAAGGCUUCAGAAGGCUCAAAAUCCUUUUCAUACUACCAACUUGAAAGGCUUGCGUGGAAAGAAAUAAAUGCACUAGUCGACAUAUCAUACCACAACCAGCGCAACAAGUAAGUUCAUCCUCCCUCGAAUACCUAUCACACUGCCAAAUAUUCACGGAAAACAAAAAACGCUUUCAAGAUACAUACUACACCCCCCCGGAUGCCGAGCAGAUUAGCCCCAACAAGCCGGAAGACUUCCGUGCUCUCUUUAGCGGAAACUACGACGACCUCUCCAGGUUAGGCUUAAAAUUAACUCGGAAAAACUCACAAGUGCUUUAGUGAAUUCUACAACUCCGAUAUGAUCCUCGCUUCACCACUUGGGUUGAGUAUGACUAUUGGUGAUGAGUCCGACAAAAAGCGCGACUACGAUUUCCUCUCCAGUAUAGAAUUGGUGGUAGUGGAUCAAGCCGACGCAUUGCUUAUGCAAAAUUCGAAUCGCCUAGAGCAUAUCUUCAAACACCUCAAUUUGAUACCCAAGGAUCCGCAUGGUUUUGACUUUGGGCGCGUACGGAACCGGUAUUUAGACACUAAUGCAAAAUACAACAGACACAUGUUGGUGCUCGGCGGGUUCGUGACACCGGAGAUGAAGUUGUUUAA